CUCACCCUCUCACAUCAUAGUUUCUCUUCCGAAUGGGAUGAAGAGCGGGACUUUACCAGAAAGGAUCUCGUGCCUGUUCACUAAGUUUCCGGAAAGAAUUUAUUUGAUGACGGAAAUUAUCUCAUGUCCGGAAAAAAGUUUUCAAUUGAUUUGUUGAUUGCUUCCCAAUUUCUCCAUUUCGGGAAUUAUUUUAUGAAGUUUCUCUUUUCCGUGAACGGAUUAAAAUUUUGAGCAUAAAAAGAAUUAUUAGACUUUCACUUUUUCUCUUUCUGUAGUAGUUUUUGAGGAGGAUAUAUUAUUGAACUGUCAAAGUGAUUUGAAGUGAAGAAACUUUUUGGAUUGUGAAUUUCAAUGGAUUGUAUUGUGUGGCUGAAAAUGUAGUUUAAAACUAUUGGAAUUCAGGGUAAAGGUUAAGGAUUACCUAUUAAAAGAAGAUGGAACUGAAAACUGUUUUGAAGAGGUACAAGAUUAAUUAAUGUUGGCGUUGGAAGUCAAGAGAUGAGAAAUGAAAUGCUCGGUCAGCCAGCUAUUUGGUCGGCUAUGGAUUCUGAUCUUAGCUGCAGCUUUGUUGGACCACCGAAGUUCGUUAUUCAUAAAAGCAGCUCCAAGCCUGAAACCUCUCGCCCAACUAUCCCCAGAAGCGGAAGAUUGCCCAAAGUGGGACGAAAGCCCGUGGUGCCCAUGCUACCAGUUCGAAGACGGACUCUUUUUAGAAUGUCCAACUACAGGUAUUCCCCAAAUAAGAACUACCCUCUCACUCAUAGAAGUGCCCAUCAAAUCGCUUGGCAUCUAUCAUCUGGAUAAAAAUACCACCAUUCUUCCUCCGAAGGUUUUCGCUAACGCGUCCAUAUCCCAUUUGCUCAUGUCAUACACUAAUCUUGAAAGCAUCGAUGAACAUGCUUUUGCCGGACUGGAUGAUACUUUGGAUAGUUUAUCCAUUGUAAACAGCAGACUAAAAGAAGUUCCGCAGAAAGCACUGAACAACCUUAAAGCUCUGAAGUCUGUCGAUUUUGAUUCCAAUGAAAUACAAAAAGUUGACAGCUACGCAUUUUACGGUGUGCCUUUGACAACUGUAAAUUUGCAGAGCAAUCAGAUUGACACUUUGUCCGAAUAUGCUUUUGGUGGACUGGAAAAUACGUUGCAAGAAUUGAUACUCAUUAACAACAAACUAUCUAGAUUUCCUCUAAACGCACUUAGACGUUUGAAAAAACUAAAAACCUUAAAAUUUGUGAAAAAUUCCAUUAAUGACAUUGUUGACGACGGGUUCACGCGUUUUACCGAUCUUGAAACGCUUGACAUGAAUUCCAAUAAACUGAAAGAGCUCCACGACAGAAGUUUUGUUACCAUGCCAAGAUUAGUAGUUCUUUCUUUACAAAUGAACCAACUAGUCAGUUUAGAUGACAGAGUUUUUAUCCAUGUAAGAGAAUUAGAGAACCUAGACCUGAGUCACAACAGAAUUGUGAUGCUCAAUCCAAGGGUUUUAAAUCCCUUGCACAAAUUAAGAACUAUAGAUCUGAGUUUUAAUCAUUUACAUUCCAUUGAAGGUGGUGUUUUUCACAACUUGACUCAGCUAAGGGAAGUUUUUUUGUCUAAUAACAAUAUUUUAAAAAUAACAAAUGACACUUUGUAUAACAGUUCUCAAAUAUCUGUUCUUUUCUUGCACAAUAAUGCUAUAACAUCAAUUGAAUUCGGCUCGUUUCAAUCACUUCAAAAUCUUUACCAGUUACAGUUAUCUUUUAACCAGUUAAGAGAAAUUCAUUCACUCCUGUUUAAAAAUAACAGAGAACUGCGAUCUUUAUCCAUGGAUAAUAAUUUAAUAACAGAUAUUCAACCGGGAACGUUUCAAGAACUGAUUGAGCUAAGAGAUCUCCGCCUGCAAAACAAUCUAUUGAAGAUAAUUAGAAAAGGCAGCUUUUACUCGCUACCUAAUCUACAGGAAUUGCACCUUCAAUUCAACAGGGUAGAAGUUAUUGAAAAAGAAGCUCUUCAAAGCCUAGCCAAUUUGCAGCACUUGAAUAUUCAGGGAAAUAAACUAAUCGAAAUGGGAGAUAUUCUAAGCAGAUACCCAUCCAGCUUAAGGUCUCUUCAAAUAAACCACAACGAUAUUGCUGUAUUACAUGAAAAUAGUCUUACAGGUUUAAACAAAAUGGAGAUUUUGUGGUUAGAUUGUAACAAAAUUAAGAAACUUCAAAAAGAAACCUUCAAAGAUCUUACUGAAGUACAGAAACUUUACCUGGACCACAAUUCCAUUUCUAUUAUCGAAGAAAACACGUUCUCUGAAAUGAAGCGUUUGAAUUAUUUAAACUUGGAGCAUAACAACUUGAAUCACUUAAAUGCAAAUAUGUUUUUAGGUGCUAUUAGUUUAGAAGAAGUUUAUCUAUCGCACAAUAAAAUAAUGGACAUUGAACCAUUGGCAUUCCAAAGUCUAAAGAAUUUGCGUAUUUUGCACCUUUCCCAAAAUCAAAUUUAUGUCCUUCGUAAGUACAUGUUCGAAGAUGCAAAUCAAUUAGAAGAAUUGACUCUUGCAAAUGCUAUGAUCGAAAGUAUAGAAGAUCACACAUUUAGCCACCUAAGUAAUCUUAUAUCCUUAGAUUUAUCUCAUAAUCGUUUUAUUAUGGUAAAAAUAACGUUUCUAACAAACUUAAGGAGUCUCGAUUUAAGUUACAAUAAUUUAACUGAUAGGGAUGGCAUUGAACUACAAGGUCUUAGCGGGUUAACGCAUUUAAAUUUGGAUUAUAUUGGAAGCGAUAAGGUUCACAGUUACCUCUUUGAAUCUCUAACUGACCUGCAUACUUUACAUCUUAGUGGAAAUGGAAUGAAGCAGCUUGAUUCUAAUUUGCUUUUUAAUUUAGUGUCUUUGAAGGAACUUUACUUAAAUAAUAAUGAGCUUCCAUCAGUACCUAAGACUGCUAUUAGGAAGUUACCGAAACUUGAAGUGUUAUCGAUUGUUAGAAAUAAAAUUAAGAUUGUUCCAAAUAUGGUAUUCAGUGAAAAUUUUAAUUUGAAGAAGUUGAAUUUAUCUGGAAACGGUAUAAAUCUGAUCGAAAAGAAAGCAUUUCACAAUUUGACAAAAUUAGUUGAUUUAGAUUUAUCAAAUAAUUUCCUAACAGCUCUCCCAGGAGGUGUUUUUGAAACCUUAUCUGAGUUGGAAAAAUUAUAUUUGGAUAAGAACUCAUUUACUUUUGUUCCAAACUCCGUCCUAUUUUCACCUUUGUCAAGUUUAAAGUUUCUAUCAAUUGAUGAUAAUGAAUGUCUUCGCAUCAGAGAGGACAUGUCUUCAGUAGAUCCACACCACAAAAUACAACACCUGAACAUCAGCAAUAGCAAUAUUUCAGUCAUAGCUUCUCAUGACUUUUUAAUGUUUCCAGACCUGCUUGUCUUGACUUUGCGCGAGAAUGUUAUUGCUAAAGUAUCCCCAGGUGCGUUCAAGCCUCUUACGCAGUUAGUUUUUCUGGAUCUUGGAUAUAAUGAGUUAGACAUUUUACCUGAAGAAAGGUUUUUCGGCUUGAUGAGAUUAGAAUCACUGAAUUUGACACACAAUCACCUUUUGGAAUUCCCCUCUAUACGGGAAGAAAUGAAAUAUCUCACAAGUUUGGACUUAUCAUACAAUAAACUCAUCAAAAUAGACGGUAAUAACUUUGACAGCCUCUACAACAUCAAGUAUCUGAAUUUGAGGUCCAACCAACUGACUUGGAUAUCCCCAAGUGCUUUCGACAAUCUGUCUAGCUUACUUGAGUUAGAUAUAAGCCAUAACCAGAUCAAGCAUUUAAGUAGUAGUGUGUUAGUUCCAGCUGAAGUUCGAAUGACGACGCUUAAGCUCUCAGGCAACCCGAUAUAUUGUGAUUGUCUCAUGCUAAGUCUUUGGGAAUGGCUUCAAGAACAUGGCAGAUUUCUUCAGCAAGAGGAGGUUCCAUUGAAUUGUGUUCACCCGGAGAAACUACGUGAUCAUUCCAUCCUUGCUCUUCAUCCAUCUGAUAUUUGCCCAUCCCCUCUUGUAUCUGACUUGGAAGUUCAACGAUUGGACUCCAAUCAUUUCACGAUUGCUUGGGAGGUGCAGAACGGCACUCUCAUUGGUGGAUUCACAGUAACUUAUCAUAUCACAACCUCGAGGUCACCUGUUGUAUUGGCCAACCUUCAGGCAACUGCGAGAAGUCAUGACCUUGAAAACCUUGUACCCGAAACUUGGUACACGGUGUGUGUAACCGCUACAGGAAAAUACCUUCGUAUGUUUGGCAACAAACCAACUCCUUAUGUUACAGAAAACGAGAGGACUACUGAAGUCACAGCCAAUAACAGAAAGUGCCUACAAAUAAGGACAUUAGCUAAGACAGACAAAACUAAAAUUACAUUGUCCACGCUUGGCAUCAUUUUGGGAAGUAGCAUCAGUGCUGCUUUGGUCCUUACGUUGUCUAUCUUGUUGACAGCUUUGAAGUUUAGGCGCCGACGCCGAAGACCUGUAAAGAAUGAUGUUCCGCAAGAGUAUAUCUCUUACAGGCAUUUUUCAAUCCAGUCUUCUGAAGGAGUUUAUUCAUGACCACGUGAAAGUUUCUUUUAAUAAGUCGGUACUUCCUUACAAGUAUUCUUGUAUUUUGCCAAUCAUAACGGCAGCAAAUACUUUCUGAACUCUUUAAGUAGCAGUACCACUUUGUGAUUUUUGCAUAGCGUUCUCAUAAUUCAACUAUCCGAAAAAGUGAGAUAUUAUUCAUUUUGUACGCUUGAAAACACUUUUUCUUCGAAGUGUACGAAGCCUGAGAGCGUUCUUUUUUUCAGAAGAGUUUAUUAAAUGAAACUUGGGGAACAAAAGAAUUUUUUAAGCGCAUCCAACAGAAAAACUAAAAAUCAUACAGCAAUAUAUUUCAAUUCACUUAUUUCAGUUAUUAUAUUUUUUGAUUUUUUAAUUUAAAUUAAGAAUUCUUUGAAAACCGGAAAAACAUAUCUGUAGAGACAAAAAGCAAUAUGUGACUACCAAUCACUGAAAGUUUAUAUUAAAUUUUAAUUAAACUCAUAUUUAUUUAGAUAGUUUACAAGCAUUGCAUAUUAAAUUAUUUUAAUAUGUUUUUAAUUGUAUAUUUUCAACAACAUAUUUUCAA